AGUGACAACUUUCUCUUUUUCUUGUUGGAAUUCCUUUUCCUUCCGAUCUAAACAAACAAAAACCAGAAUAAUAUAAUAUAAAAACAAACAAAUCAGAAAAAUUCAAUUUCAAAAGAAACGCAGUAGUAUUUUGAGAUUUGGGGGAAGAUGAAGAUCACAGCUCUGUUGGUAUUGAAUUGUAACGGAGUGAAUCCAUCUUCAGCGUCUUCAUCAUCAUCAUCAACAGAACCAAAUCCAAUAAUAUUAGCAAACGCGUGUGAUGUAAGUCAAUUUGGGUAUUUUCAAAGAACUGGUGUUCGUGAAUUCAUUGUUUUUGUUGGUCGUACUCUUGCUAAACGUACUCCUCCUGGGCAACGUCAAUCGGUUCAACACGAAGAAUACAAGGUGCAUUCUUACAAUAGGAAUGGAUUAUGUGUCUUGGGAUUUAUGGAUGAUCAUUACCCUGUCCGUAGUGCUUUCUCCCUUCUUAACAAGGUACUAGAUGAAUAUGAGAAGGAUUUCGCCGACUCUUGGAAAACUGCAAAGGAAGAUGCAACUCAACCAUGGCCUUAUCUAACUGAAGCUCUGACUAAAUUUCAGGACCCCGCUGAGGCUGAUAAAUUGUUAAAGAUUCAGAGGGAGUUGGAUGAGACCAAAAUUAUCCUUCACAAAACAAUUGAUAGUGUGCUAGCAAGAGGGGAGAGGUUGGACAGUUUAGUGGAGAAAAGUUCUGAUCUGAGUGCAGCAUCACAGAUGUUCUAUAAGCAGGCAAAGAAAACCAACCAGUGUUGUACCAUAUUAUAGACUUGACUGUGGGGGAAGGUAAUGAUAGGUGGACUCGUGGGCGCGAGUGACCGAUGUGCAGUCCCCUGAAGGGAAAGGAUGGGUUCGCGUUUGUUAUUAAUUUAGUUUGAUGUUUUUUAUUUUCUGGAUCCUAUUUUUGUCAACAAUAUUAAAGCUUUAUAGACUCUUUUGGCUGGUUGGUAAAAAAGAAAAGGUUAAUGGUAAUUCCAAAUUGCAGUUUGCUUUUAUAAUUUAAUAUAGAAUUUGUAAGAGUGCAUUUUCUUUUGUUUGGUGUGCUUAUGGGGUUGGGGGACUAGACGGCAGAUGACUAAAAUGUCAAUGUGGAGGGCUGUUGAUUUUUUUUAAUCUUCUUUUUUAUGUAAUGAAUGAACCUAACAAAUAUUUGUUUCCAUCAGAAGAAGCCCCUAAUGCUCCACACUGCAUGAAUUGUUGGAGUGGGGUUUGGAUUUUAAUUACCUGGCAUCUGAAUCGGUACGAAUCUGUUGAUUAUGCUGUUCC